AUGUCAUCCCAGAACCAGUUUAAUGUUCUUCAUAGAUUCAAGGGGAUUCUCUUUUCUGCUAUGUCUUCUGAAGCACUUCUAAAUUCUUUGGAUUCUUUUGAUGCAAGAGAAGAUGACGUGUUUCUGGUGUCCUACCCAAAAUCUGGCACUCAUUGGAUUGCAGAAGUCAUUGAGAACAUUCCUAAUGCUGGAAUUACUUUAACAUCUCCCAUUGAAUUUGGAGACAUUUCUAAAUUUGAAGAGCUAAAAAUGUAUUCUAAGAGAAGAGUAAUUCCAACACAUUUGAGCUACGAUAUGCUACCCAUGAAUAUUAAACAAAAGCAAUGCAAGAUUAUCUACAUUGUUAGGAAUCCAAAAGAUACAGCUGUUUCUCUAUUCCACUACUACAAAGAUAACCCUAACCUCCCCUGCAUUGAAACAUGGGCUACAUUUUUAGAGCUGUUCCUAAGAGGAGAUGUUGUGUAUGGAUCCUGGUUUGAUCAUGUUUUAAACUGGGAAGAGCACGAAAAUGACAAAAACAUUCUAAUCAUAUUCUAUGAAGAAAUGAAGGAAGAUCUUUUUAAAAGCAUAAAGAAAAUAGCUACUUUCCUCGGUAUAAAUGUGAGUGACAGUGAAAUUAAUAAGAUUGCUCGGAAAACAUCAUUCAGUGAAAUGAAAAAUAAUGCAGCCAAAAUAAACUGUGACCCAAAUCAUACCAUCUGUGCCCUCACGUCCAACAGGAACCUGGUAUUCAGGAAAGGCGCAGUGGGUGAUUGGAUAAAUUACUUUACUUCAAAGCAGAAGAGAGUAUUUGAUGAGCUAUUCACAGAGAAAAUGAAACACAGUGAACUGGCAAGACACUUUGAGGACUACUCUUAAUAUAAAUGGGAAAUGAAACUAAUUUCCUUUCCAUGCAGUGCUUGGGGAAUGUGUAAAUAUUUUUCACCAAUAUAGAAAGAAGAUAUUUCAGUGAAAAAACAGACAUUUUAUGAUGUAUCAAAAGUACCAUAUGUGACAGACUAUUAAAUUUGGUAAUUGAGAAAUUAAUAAAAGGAAGUAUAAAAUUUUUGAAUUGAUGCACUAUAUAUCUGUUGUCAUGAUGUUCAGUAAGGCAAGGAGAUUACUUCUGUUCAGAAAGAGCAUGUUACUAUAGGUGUUCUAUAACCUGCACUGACAUACAAUGAAAGAGGUGAGGG